AUGAAAGACUACACAGAUAUUGCCCUCUGUGCUGAGACACCAAAGUGGAGUAAGCCUGAAUUCUGUAAUCCAGCUUUUGAGCCUGAGGCUGUGUUACCCACCCUAUCUCCAGCCCAUCGGGAAAACGGGAGUAGUCCUAGAACUCACUGCCAUGGUGGUCUGGCCUGGAGGUACCAAACAGACUGCCACUUCUCCUGGCUGUGUGCAGCUCUCCUCUCUACUCUGCUGCUCUUGUUGCUGGGACUUCUCACCAUCAUUAUCCUCACCCAGCUGAAGCCUCCAUCUCCAUCUGGCGCACCUCCCAGCCUUCUGGCCCCUCAAGGGGUCAGUAAUGUCACAGACGUCAUCAGCCCUGGUAUCCAAGGAGAGCUGGCCACGGACCUUACUCCUGAGCCCACCUGUGGGGGGCUCCUGCUUGGUCCAGAGGGCUCCUUCGCCUCUCCCAACUACCCGGACCCAUACCCACCCAAUGCCUACUGCAUGUGGCAUAUCCAGGUGGCACCUGACCAGGUAGUACAACUCAAAAUAGAGGCAUUCAGCAUGGAUGAUGUGGCCUCCUGCCUAUUUGAUUGGUUAGAGAUCUCUCUAGAGCCAGAAGAACACGGGAACCUGGGGAGUUCCAUGGUCAGGGUCUGCGGAAAAGUGCCACCAGCCACACUCAACGCCAAUGCCAGCCGCCUCCGCGUAGUCUUUGUCUCUGAUAGUAGCGUGGGAGGGAUUGGAUUCCAUGCCCGGUACCAGGCUGUGACCCCUAGAGAGGGGGGAUGCAAUAAGGAUGCGUUUCCGUGUGACCAUCUAUUCUGCCUGCUGCCUGAUGCUGUGUGUGAUGGUUUCGCCAACUGCAAGGACUCCAGUGAUGAGGCUAACUGCAGCAGCAAAAACUCAGACUGUGGAGGGUCUCUGAAUGGGCUCCAUGGCACCUUUUCUACCCCAAACUACCCGAAGCCCUACCCUCAUCAGCAGUUUUGUCUCUGGCAGAUCUCAGUGCCCCCCAGACAUGGCAUCGAGCUGCGUUUUCACAAUUUCAGCCUGGAGGCCCAUCAGAACUGUGAAUUUGACUAUGUGGAAAUCCAUGAGAACAUGGACACAGGAGCCCUCAACCUAGUGGGCAGGUUCUGUGGUACCAAGCUGCCUCCACCCCUUAUUUCCUCACACCACGAACUGACUGUGGUAUUUGUGACGGAUUACCAGAUCAACAGCAUGGGAUUCUUGGCAACCUACCAGGCCCUCAAUACUACUGACGAUCCCUGUGGGCUAGGGGCGCUCUCCUGCCAGGAUGGACCGUGCAAGGACCUUCACUGGAUGUGCGACAGCUGGAGAAACUGCAGUGGUGACAAAUCCAACUGCAGCAGCCUGUCCCCCGCUCCAGCCUGUGAACCUAUUCAGGUGGAAAUGUGCCAGGGCCUCAGCUACAACACCACAGCUUUCCCCAACACUUUGAUGACCCUGGAUAGUCAACAGGAAGUUGAAGAGAUGCUGAAAGGAUACAAGACCCUGACAGACCUGCCCUGUUACCAGCCUUUCCGAAGACUCCUAUGUGGGCUGCUCCUGCCUCACUGUACCCCCUCCGGAGGGAUCCUGCCACCCUGUCGCCCUGUCUGCCUAGAAGCUGAGCACCACUGCCAGCCUGAUCUGGAGCCACUGGGCAUCUCCUGGUCCUUCAACUGUAAAAGUCUGCCUGAUGCCUCUGACCCAGCAGGGUGCACCUGGCCUUGA